AUGCAUCGAGUGCUUCUGCUGACCUGGGUUGCGAUAGCAGCGGCCCAAAAUCACUACAAUUUAGAUACAAGAUCAGUUUCAUUUCCUGGUAAACCAACUUACGGGCCCCUUUACAACAGUCCUGGCCUUGGACAGGCCUCAGGUGGUUACAGAGAUGACAGUUACGAGGAUAAUGUCGUUACACCUACUCCGUCGCCUACUCCUCUCUAUCGGCCAGCUCAGCAACCGGCUUACCGUAAACCAAAUGAAGGCUCAAUAAGAGUUCUAACCGGAGGACGUCAAGGUCCAAUUCGUGGUGCAUCUUAUGCCGUGCAAAAUCCUCAGCUAGAAGAGGAGCCUCUUGAAGAAGAAAAAGAAGAGCCAGAUCGUCUGAGCUUACUUUUACCGCAAAGUAAAUUUGAUUGUGUUGGUAAGCAAACAGGUUAUUAUGCUGAUGAAGAACUGAACUGUGAAGUGUUCCAUUACUGUCAAGACAACGCUAAACACUCGUGGAUCUGCCCAGAAGGUUUUACUUUCCACCAGGUUCAUCUGAUCUGCAUGCCACCAAACGGAGACAUAAGCUGCAAAAAGAGUUCUCAGUACCACUUCGUCAAUGAGUACCUGUACAAACCAUUGAACUUACAAGAAGCUGAAUCAAAGCCAAAUGUUACAUUGAGAUACAGUGAACGUUACUUCCCAGGAGAUAUCUUCACGGACGAGCGUGAAAGCGAAGAUUACCACCAGACUCCCAAUCCAAGAAGAACCCAUCACAAUUCUCAGUUGUACUCAAACCAGCCUUCACAGACCACCUUGAACAGUAUUCCAUCAAUAGCGCGUCCUUCUCCAACACCACAAGGACUUCCCCAAUAUCGUCUUCCCUCUAACCAAGUCUUCCGCAGUCCCGAGGAAGUGAACAUCCCUCUGCAACAGCGAAGACCUCAGCCACAGCAACAAAUUCUCAGAAGGUUCCCUCAAGUAAGACCCGACGAAGAGGACUAUGAGAAAUAA